GCCAGUUUGGUGGGGUCUUGUCUCCAAGCGGCCGUGGCGUGGAACACCUCCGUCAAGGUGCAGGGAAGCGGUUUCACCUUGUCACCUCUGCUCUCGACGAGCGACAGACGACUCACUCCCGUCCGCCAUGCACGCAGGCACGUCCCAUGCACUCUCGACCAAGAUCACCACCUCCGUCCCCCCCCGUCCGGUCCCAAUCGUAUUCAGCACGUCGGGAUGGGCUGCUGUGUGCUGGGUCGGGGUUCUACACCACCAUUCUGCCACGGCCACUCUGCCACUCUGCCACAGUGACCAAUCGACCAUGACCUGGGCACCCGACUCGACUGCAUGGCGGGGGGGGGGGUUGCCAUCAUCGUAGCUCCUCUGCCUCGCUAACCCCCAUUCUGCUAUCACCCCCGUCCCCUGGAUCGCCGGAGAUGGGGUGCCUGGGUGCUGGGAAACAAGAAGCAAGCAGCACAUCACCAGCCGCCGCACAUCCGCGUGAGCUGCUCGUGCCGGGCGGCGCAGCAUGGGCUGGCAUGGGCUGGCAUGGCAUGGGCCGGCAUGGGCAAGCCAAUGCCAUCCUCGUGGGAACUGCAUCUACUUGUAUUGCACGUCUCAGAACUCUGCCCCUGCGCUGUUAAUUUAGGCACUGCAGAGUUUCUCUCCGACUGGGGACGAUGGGGACGAUGGAUACGACCGCGACGCAUGCGGGCCCAGCCCACAGUACAGCAGCACAGUAAGUACUCCGCGUGCUCAUUUCUCACCACUGCCACCUAUGUAUCUUUUCCUCUCCCCCUACAGCGAAGGAUCGCUGCUCAUCUUCCUGGCCACUGCAUUUUUUAUUCUUCUCUUCGGCAGGAUCAGGAAGAGCCUAGUGUGCCUGCUCCGGUCCCCUGUCAACCGUUGCAACCUGUCCGACGGUUAUUAUAAGGCCCUGUUCGCCUACGAGAGGGGCGCACGAAGGAGGACCCGCAUUGUCUGUUUUCCUGGUACAGCUCAAAAAGAGAGAGAGAAAAAGAAGAUAAGGACAUGACAGCCCGGCAGACUUGCUGUGGGCCGCGCAUGUCUGUCUAGGGACUAUUUGAUCUCCUUUGGAUGUUUCUGCUUCCCUUUGCACGCCCGUCCCGGCCCCAGUUAUACACAACAGAACCCGACAAUUAACCAAGCUCACCCUGCUCCCGUUGUUUGGGGUCUGCCGCGGGGGGAUCCAUGCAUCUCUGAGUCUCUCUGCAUUGGACAGUCUUUACCUCCUCUCCCUCGCCCUCUCUUGCUCCAGGGCACUUGUCUCGCCUCUCCUUACUACUCCUGCUACCGGCCGGCUCACUCCGCCCAGGGUCUACUACAGUCCUCGAGCAGGGGACUAUCCCCGUGUCGCGGAACUCCUGGGCAGCCACUGCAUCAGAAUCUGGAUCGCCACUAGUCCCAAUUUACGGGUCCUCCGUUCUCGACUCGAGAGGUCCUUGCUCAGGCAUGGCUCACAUAGCCAGCUGCAUGUCAGAUGCAGACGUCGAUCGCCUGAGCAUUGGAAGCUAUAUAGCAAGGUCCGUCUCACCUCUACCCGUCGUGGAAGAGGUAGAGCAGCAGGCCUCGAAGCCUUGGGUGUGGAGGAUGAUGUCCCAGUCUGAGACGAGGAAGUACCAGCUCUUUCCCAGGGAGAAGCAGGCCGCAGGCCCCCAGGGUAAGGGGCUGGACCCAGAGCAAGCCUUCGCCCUGGCCAUGGCACAGAACAGUGACAAGGCAGACAAACCUUCUGCGGGCGGCCUGCGCCUGAGGAUUAAGGAGCACAACCUUAUCCGCCGCCGGAAGGUCAGCGUACCAGAGUUGGGCCCUAUGACAACUGUUCACGAGGCUGCCAUGGACUCUCCAACAAUACCCGGCCGCCCAGCCUGUCACGAGCGGUCUAUUAGUGCCCCUGGCCACGGUUGGAAGGCGCAUCAUCUCGCGUACAGAAACGAAACCCACCUGUCCCCUCUGGAGGAUUCCGGUUCCGAUAUAUCAGCCACGACCAUCCCUCAGCCUCAGUCGCCAAAGAACCUUCCGCCUCUCGUCAUUCCUGUCCAGACCUCCUCGCUCCCCAAGCUCACAAGGCAACUUUCACUGAGCCGUCUCCGGUCGGGCAGCACGGGAAGCGCCGAGUCCAGCAUCCGACCUGCACGGACAGACGAGUCGCCGCGAACGAGGUCUCCAUAUACACCACACUCCGCCUCUCUUACGGCUAAUACACCCAUGUCCUCCGCGCCUUCUUCGAUCUUCUCCAACUCCAGCCUGCCAACACCAGUCUCAGGCACUACCGAGCCCCGAGCCUCCCCAAAACCUUGGAAAGGGGAAGUCAACACGGUCGGCUACGAACUGCCCAAAGACCCGGGCACCGAGUUUGCACAGAACAUGGCUACACCAAGGUCAGCAGUGGAGCCAAGAUGCGCCUCCAGCUUCUCUCAUCGGAGGAAUGUGUCAGAGAGUGCUAGUGUUGCCACGAGCAUCAUGGACCGUGGACGCCCCAGGAAGAGGAUCGAGGGACUAAAGAGGUCGGCAUCCAAGACGAGCAAGAGCGCUGAACGUCGUGCCUUCGAGACCCUGCCCAAGGGCUGGAAGGUCACCGAUGCGGCACAGAUGCUCGAGCAGACCGAGAGGGCUGCCCUUCACAAGCAGGCCAUGCAACAGGCUGCCAGGUUUGAGGUGAUGAGGAAGGAGGAUGUCGACAGUCUCUCCAGGGAACUGAGAAACUUGGAUGAGCGCACGGAAUACUUGCGCCGUACAUAUCACUCACUGAGGGCUGGACGUCGAAACCUGCACUCCCGCAUCUGCCAAUACCUGAGGUCUCCUCGUAUGGCGAAGUUCAGCCACGACUCUAUGCUUAAGCAAGAGGAGGCUCUUGCUGAACUCGACUCCUCCAUCGACGACUGGGUCAACAAGCUCGAGCAGGCUGAGAAUCGCCGUACUCGAAUCCGGCAGAAGCUCCUGGAACACGUUGCUGCUGCCGUGACCCUGCCCGUCUCUGGGGCUGUCGGUGUCAGCGAAAGCCUCCAGCUUGCCUUGGGUGUUGGCGCAGCUCCCCAACCUGCGCCUGCUAACCUCUCCACUCCCCCACGCUCCCCUAUCAAGACCUCAUUCACACCCCGCAUCGAGUCGUGCUCUCCCUCACCCCAACGCGUCGUCGCCCAGGUGCCUUCGACCAUCAUCGAGCAGCCUGCUGUCGAGAAUACUGUGCCCGUCGGCCUGGGUAUCAACCAAGCCGGAGAGAAGCAAAUGGAGGUCAAGGGGAGGGACAACACCGAGCAUCUUAUCUCUGGCAUUAGGCGUGCUGAUGUCGAGUCCAUUCGGGUCUAUGCUGGAGAUGAGGUCGCGGCCUUACUUGCUGACGUCGAAUCUCAAAUGGACCGGAUGAGCAAAGCCGCCGAUGAUGCUGCUGCCCUCAGGGCGAAGGACACCACCGUGCCCGACUUGCCUGAUCUCAACCCCAACAUGACCGACGAGGAGCGCAAACAAGUUCAUCGCCAACACAGUCAUGAGAAGCUUCAGGGGACUCCCACGACAUCCUCCUCGAGCUCUAGUGUCGACACCGUCACCGGAACCACGACGAGCAAAUCGUCUUCGCCAAACUCUACACCCCGCACUGCGACGCCGACGAAUACCGAAACCAAGGAGCCGGCGACUGGCGCCUUGUUCCUCACCAAUGCCGUCUUCAAGCCUUAAAUUUUUCAAAUACCAGAACAAGGAGUGGAGGACUCCCCUCCUCCGCCUUUAAUCCGCCCACCAUGGGAAAGUCUCUUUAUCUAUAUGGUUCCUCAGAUGCACCAUUUUAUGACCUGACGGCCAUUUCACUCAUGACCACCACGGCCGCAACGCACACCAGUCUUUGAAAAAUACUCACCGCAUCAUCUGCCGUUUUCUUGCUCUAUUUUGAUACCCUUCUCGACCCUCCUUAUAGAAAGUUCUUACACAUGCACAAGCAACAGCCUUGGCUCUUUACUAUUAGUUCUUUCAAUCUCGCUAUCUGCCUGUCUUCACUGGCUGCCCAGGCGCUGUGCCGAUUUCUCUUUUCACAGUGUAAUAUAGUCCCCUUUUGGCUUUUAUGUAAUUGCAGUCGGUGGCAUUCAAAGGAGUUGUCUAUUCUCACCCUUCCCCCUUUUUUUUUUCUCCGAAAGAAUGAAAUCGGAAAAGCUCCACAAAACCUUGGGACGGUGGUAUUUUUUCUUCUAUUUUCUCAUACUUUCUCCCCUUUCCUUUCUUCUGUUUUCGUAUUUGACACGGGCGGGAUAAGACGUUUCAAAGGGUGGAAGAAACUG